GCUCAACCUGUUGGAUGUUAACGUAUUUCUCGUAAAUUGCAGUGGCAAUGUAGAAUGGUGAAUAAUGCAUAGAGCUUUUUAGGGUCCAAAAAUAACCUCGAAAUUCUUGUACAAAAAUGCAUAAACUAUUGCGUUUGACGACCAUUCAAAGACGUCUCUUCUCUGAAUAUGGAGCGGAACGUAUUCUGAGCGAAGAAAACCUUUCUAGGACUGUGACAAAGUUCCAGGCAAUGCCACUCAUUCGGAUGCAGACACAAAACCCAGCAAGGAAGGCUGCUGUUUUGAUACCACUGUGUGUUGUUGAUGACAAGGUUUCCUUGCUGUACACUUUAAGGGCUUCACAUAUGAGGUCACAUAAGGGCCAAGUGAGCUUCCCAGGUGGCAUGCAGGAUACUAAAGACCUGGAUCUUCAAUCAACAGCCUUAAGAGAAACCAAAGAGGAGUUAGGUAUAGAUGAGUCCAGGGUCAAGAUAUGGGGUAUAGGUAAUGCAAUAGUAGCCAGAGGUGAGACCAGUGUGUUGCCAGUGAUAGGCACCAUCAAUGGUCAGCUCAAUAUAAGUACCUUACCUAUAAACCCAGAUGAGGUGGAGCAAGUUUUCUCUGUACCCAUUGAGGAGCUCUGCCAGAGUGAUAAGUUUGGAUACACCCAGUUCAAAACUGGUUACUCCACACCAGUCUACUUCGGUGGUGCAAAGAGGAUAUGGGGUCUCACAGCAAUCAUCACCUAUACCUUCCUUAAAUGCCUUGUGCCAACUGACAUGUACAAACACAAAAUCAGGUAUAUUUCCCCUGUGAGGAAAUUGAAUAUGUGAUAAAGAUACUUUCUGUAUUUAUUUGUUAUAUGGAAAAAAAAAUGUUUAUUUAAUAAUAAAAGGACAAAAAAUAUAAAUGUUUACUUUUAACUUCACCUUU